AUGUCGGAUCCAACUUCCACGUUCAAAGUUGAAUAUGCGAAAUCUGAUCGAUCCAAAUGUAAAAGUUGUCAAUCCACCAUUGACAAGGAUAGUUUUCGUUUUGCUAUUAUGGUGCAAUCAUCAAAAUUCGAUGGCAAAGUUCCUAACUGGUAUCAUACCCAGUGUUUUUUCGAAAAAGUCAAAUUAAUUGAUGUGAAAAUCAUCAAAGGUUUCGAUGAUAUACGUUGGGAAGAUCAAAGUAAAAUUCGUGAUCUUAUCCAAGAAAACUCGAAGAAAUUGUCAGAUGAAAAUGAUCCUGAUGAAACAUUUUCAGUCGAAUAUGCGAAAUCUAGUCGAAGUCGAUGCCACGGUUGUGAUCUAUCAAUAGUAAAAGAUCACUUACGUUUAUCUAGAAAGAAUUUCUCGAGCCGAAGGGCACGGAAAUACGGACCGGUGGACGAAUGGUAUCAUGUUGAUUGUUUUGAUCAAAUAAAGAAAGAUCUGGUAUUUUUUGGUACUGCCGAAUCAUUUUCCGGUUUUGCCAAUUUGAAUGAUGACGAUCAGAAGAAGUUGAAAGAGAAGUUUGGAACAUCAACAACAAGUUCAAAGCGGAAACGUCGAGGAGAACAGACGAAUAGUGGUUCAGUUCGAGCAAAACAAGUGAAAAUUGACGCAGCAGAGGACUCCAAUGAAGAGGAAGAGAAACGUCGGAAAAAAGAGCAAUGUGAAUUACUAUGGAAUUACAAAGAUAAUUUACGAAAAGACGUUCCACACAAUGUUCUAAAAGAAUUAUUAGAAUUUAACGGGCAAAAAGUCAUUCCAGGAGAGGCGAAUUUAAUCGAUGCAGUCACUGAUUGUAUGGCAUUCGGUGCACUUGAACCAUGCCCAGACUGUUCCGGUCAUCUUGUUUUCAAUUAUACAAACUAUCGUUGCACGGGGAACCUUACGGAGUGGACAAAAUGUUCAUAUACAACACAAACGCCAAAACGCAAACCAUUUGCAAUUCCCGAUGAUGUCAAAGAGACGUAUUCCAUCUUUGAAAAUUACACAUACACGAAACAAGAUCGAAUGUUGACGCAAGUAACGAAACGACUGACGGUGAACAAUGAGAUUAAAGAACCGGCUUAUGAUCCAAAAUUGCCUUUACGUGGUUAUUCCAUUGGAUUGGUCGGUCGAUUAUCGAAAAAGCCGAGCACUUUGGAAAAACAAAUCGAGCAAUUAGGAGGCACAGUAGUGCAUAAUCUCGAUAAGAAGACAAUGGAUGUGAUCAUUAGUACUCAAGGUAACACAUUUUUCGAAACCGCUUUCAUAAACAUCAUUGGUUUGAUAGAUGAGAUCGAUAACGGAAAUAGAAAGAUUCAAUACGCACAAAAGUAUGACAUUCAUGUUGUACCCGAAGAGUUCCUGGACGAAGUUCAUAACGAUCCACCGUCGGUUGUGAUGGAUAAAAUCAAAAUUUCAACCUGGGGAGUUCUACCACAUGUUCGAAAACAGAGAAAGCGCGUUAAAAAACAACCAUCAGCUACAUUCAAAUCGUCGGGUCGAUCGAAAUCGCUUUCAUCAGAAAAAGUAACAAUGAAAUUAAAAGGCGGGGCAGCCGUCGAUCCCGACUCAGGAUUGGAAGAAACAUGCCAUGUAUUGAAAAAUCGCGAAACGGGCGAUUUAUUCGCCGCUGUUCUUGGCAGGGUCGAUAUAACUCGUGGCACAAAUUCUUAUUAUAAAAUUCAACUGCUUGAACAUGACACUGGCAACCCGUGGUUUCUCUUUCGCGCAUGA